UGAAAACUAAUAAUUCUUCCUUACCUGCUUAGCUGAAAUGUAGAUCGCUCAAAAAAUUUCGAAACAUGAUCAGUAAUUUACCCAUUAUUAAAGUGACCAUGACAAAAUUCAGAACAAAAGCCACAUAAUUGAAUGAAAAUUGGUUCAUGGCUGAAAAAAUGAGGACCCAAAAUCAGUACCAAAUUUUCAGCCGCUGUAGCGGAGACGUAAGUAUUGAAAGUCGCUGAUCCGAAAUUAGUCCAUUACCCUUUGCUUCUGCGUCAGCGACAUGAUUAACGAUAAAAGCUAAGAUAACCCGUACAAAAUGACAACUGAGGAAAAGUUUCAAGCUGCUGUUAAUGUCAUCAAAGGGCUUCCAAAAGAUGGUCCUUAUCAACCAUCAAAUGAGAUGAAGCAGAUUUUUUAUGGUCUCUACAAGCAAGCAACCGAGGGACCAUGCACUGAACCCAAACCUCCAUUUUAUCAAGUCAUUGCUGGCUACAAAUGGAGAGCUUGGAACAGUUUAGGAAACAUCUCAAAAGAAGAAGCCAUGGAAAAAUAUGUGGCAGAAUUGAAGAAGAUUAUCGAGACCAUGUCCUACAGUGCAGAUGUGGCUUCAUUCAUGGAAGCCUUAGGACCAUUUUAUGACUAUGUUGAAAUGCCCUCAAAGGAAGUUUCCAUUCAGUCAAAUACAAUCAUACAAAAUACAGCUUUUCAUCAACAUGAACAGCCAGCUCCAGAAUCUGACUCUUUCCGUCAAGACAUCGCAGCUGAUGCUACUGGUCCACUGCAGUAUGAAGUAGCAGAGAAGUUGGUAACAAAUGGCAUCCAUGAACACAAAGUAGACAAUGCAGAUGCAGUGGUGUAUUGUCAUGAGCAGGACAAGUGGAAUAAGGUUCCACUUAAAAAUGGAUUUAUUAGCAAUGGUGACGUGAAACGUAAUGGUGUGGUAAGCAAAAGCUACUUCAUGGGCCCUAAUUCUGGGGAAUUGCCCAGUGUUGCAUCCUCUGCACAAAAUAAUCUGUCAUCUGCACAACGUCAAGAUGGAGUGAGACCAAACAAAUCUGCUGCUGUGUAUUCAGACACAGACUCUGAGGAAGAGUAUGCCAUGCCUCCUGAGGAGUUAUCAGGUGACGAAUGUGUUGUGAUCAACGGCAAUGGCUUGCCCAAUAAAGUCACAAAUCGCAAAGGCUUCCCUACAUUGAAUUGCAACAGCCGUGAACAACACCACCCUUCAGGGCUCACAGGAGACGAGUCUGCCAGUGACAGCAGCUCAAUUUGUGAACUGAACAACCACAUCCCCACUGGCACUGAUCAGCAAUUUGCUGAAGUCAGCGCCGCGUCACCUGCUUCUGCUCAGUGCACGUCACGUGGCCGUGCGUGGUGCGCCAGUGUGACCAACAAGGGAGUCGCACCGCAGUCCCUGCCAGGACUUGUAACGUAUGAGCAAGGGCAGGGAGGAGGUGGCGGUGAUGAUGUGGUGAUAGUGUUGCGCCAGAUGCAGGGAGAUCUGCAGGCCAUGACGCGGUGCCUACAAGCUCACCUUAAUGACAUCUCCCAAUGCCUUGUUGCGCUCAAUCGCACUAGCAUUGCACUCCAGGCUCACAGCGACGGAGCAGCAGGGGGAGGAGGAGGUGGUGGAGGAUCGUCUCCUGACAGCGAGGUGGCACAGCGUCGUCAGCGGCAGUGGUGGCCGUUCCCUGAGCUGUCGCCGCGCUCGACCUUCUGGCUGCUGCUGUGGCCGGUGCUACUACACGUCGCUCUCAGCGCUGCUAAACUUGCCAUCAAAAUACGCAGGCGCAGGAAAGCCAAUGUCCUUAACUUCCGACCGGCAUCCUAAUUCAUGAGAAGCUGUUUAGUUCUGGUUUAUUGGUUGCGUCUUCGAUGCAUCAAUCGUUUCGAAAAUUUAUUGGGUUCAUCUCUUCGUGGGUAUUCAUGGGUUCAUGUUGAACAUAUGUAUGGAUAAAGAAAGCCUGAUGGAUUAUAAUUAACGGGCUAAUUAAUGACAUGGUGACGUUUGUGAUGUCUCCCUCGUAAUGGAAGCUCACUGCUUAAUAACGGUUUUCUGAGCACAAAGCAAAGGUGAAGGACAGCAAGAUUCCACGCGCCUUGAGCGGUUGGCAACCACCUCAUAGAGCUCAUCUAUAGGCUGGAAAACAGGAGGACAAAUAUCUGUGGGUGUUUCAAUAAGCUUACUAUUUUCGAAAUGAUAAUGUUUUUAUACCUAUAUCCUACUCAUAUAUACUUAUUACUUUAUCGGUUUCAUGUAUCAAGUUUCUAUAUCCAAACUUGUUGAUGACCUACAUAUAUUUAUAUAUGCUUGUGGGAGAUCAGUUGAUCUCUGGUGCAAUAUUUUAUUUUUUAAACCUGUUCGCCGACAUAUUUUGCCCUCGUACAGGAUUUCUGAUACAAUAAUAUGCAACCUUUUAUUUCACUUUUUUGUUAUUAUUUGUUAAGUUUCAGAGCUGAAGUCGUUUUCGAUAUUUUAGCAGUGAUUGGGUUGACGUCAAACCGAGUUUUUAUCCAUGGGUGGCAUACUCUAAAUAAUACUCUUAGUUUAUAGAUGCUACCAUAUGCUAUUAACUGUGCGGUUUUAAAAAAUGUUGAAGCAUGUAAGGCAAAUUUUGAUGCUAAUACUUUUUAAUGCAGCAAAAAAAAUUUGCGUGUACAAAAAAUUUAUAUUUCUAUUGUAAAAAUAACAAAAUUUAUAAAAAUUAAUGCCUAUCAAUUAUCAAGACAUCAAGUUAUGAGUGUACAUUGUAACUUGACUUUUUGCUCUAUUGUACUGUACUUUGUGAUGUCAACAUAUUUCUUAGCUCAGCAAACUGAAAAAGUUCUGGCCUGCACCGAUUCCCGGCCAAUUUCCCGUUUCAUUUUUGAAUAUUUUUUCUAGUAUUCAAGAUGUUU